AGUGGACCUUACUCAUAACACCUUCUUCUUGCUAUACAAAUGGCUGUCAUUUAGCCAAGUUGCUCAUCUUCUUCCUCUUAUAUUCACAACUCACUUCUUCAAAUCUUUCUCUACAUUUGUAUUGUUGUCCUUCAAUACCUCCAUGGAGACAUAUGCCAAUGAUUAUUCUCUUAAGGCCAGUCUUACUCUCCAAACAUCAAACAGUUUUCGAGACGUCUCCUUUUCGUCCUACUUGAAUCAAGCCGAAGAACACAUGAUCCAAAACCUAACGGAUCAAGUUUCCCAUGUUAAAAACGAACAAGAAAAAGACAAAGACGACGAAGAACUCGGUGUGUUUGGUGCUGAGAAGUACUUCAAAGGCGAAAUCGAAGAUGUAGAGAAUAAAAACGACCGACGAUUCGUUGACAAGUAUGAUACUCGAACCAAGAUUCAUCAGCAAAAGGUGACAGCUGAACAAUUUGAUCCAAAUUUCGCGGUAAAGCUAAAAACAGAUCUCACAAAGUUAACGAGCACGCACACGCCAAGUGUACAGUCAAAUGUUAGUUACAAUAGUAACACUGGGUUGUUACCUCGUGCGAAAUCGUCCAGAGGACGGAUCGAACGAGGUAGCAAGACCAAAACAUUUCUUGCUACUUUUGGUUGCAACUGUAUCGACAAAAAGUCAACUCAAAUAAGUGAGAAAAGGAUCUCGAAACCGCACACCAGAAUGUGCGAUUUUGAUCCUAAAGCGUCCCCUCUGUCAAGUAAAAGUAAACUGACAGAGAGGACGGUUAGAAAUGACUACUUUACAUUCCCAGUAUUAAAUUCGACUGAUCUGAAUUCGAAUAAUUCAGAUCUGACGAAUUUAAAAUAUGGGAAUUUGGCGGGUAAAGUGGAAGAUGGUAACAACGGCGGACGUUUGAGCCUCGGACGGAAACUAAGUUUGUUGAACAAUUGGGAAGUUGAUAUUUCGACGGAAGACGAAAUGUACGUCCCGGCAAGCGGGAUGUACAACCACCAUGACGUCGAUAGUGAUUCGAGCUCGGAUUUGUUUGAAAUAGAGAGUUUUUCUACCACUUGUGACAAUUCGUUUGUAGCUCCGCGGACGUCAAAUGGGUACGCGCCUAGUGAGGUUAGUGUGGAUUGGAGUGUGGUGACGGCGAGUGCGGCUGAUUUUUCGGUGGUUUCGGAUUACGAGGAGAUGAGAACCGGUGGCGGUUGGAGAGUUUCGGGUGGGAAUGGUAGGGGUAUGGUGAAUAGAGAUGAGCCGAAGAAACGGCCCGGGAUCCUUUCCGGUUGUACGAAUUAUAAAGCAGUGAGAGUGGCCGGAGACGGGUAUAAGGUUGGUGGCGGUGGUGGCGGUGGGGCGGGAGGGCGACGACGGUUGUCAGAAUCAGUAGCGGUUGGAAGUAUGUUUCGAGGGGGAAUUAUUUGACCCAAGUGGGAUGCUUGGGACAAAGACCACGAGAAAGCCAGAAGGGACGGGGCGUAGUGUUCCCCGCAACCUUGUUUGGCCACGUGGGUCUCGCGGCCCGUCUGCUCCCACGGCAUAAUAGGUAAACAAUGUGUCGGCACACUUGUACAUUCAACAGUAAAGUAAAUUUUAAAAUAAUUUGUAUUAUUAUUUUCUUUUUUUUA